AUGGAAGGCGAAGAGGGGUCCACCGUAACCGUCGCCGCCCCCACCGCCACCGUCGUCAUCAGAAGCACCGACUCGCCCCCGCCUUCUCCGACGGACGGUUCUGAUGUCUCACCCGUUGGAUCUCCCGAUCGCGCCUCCCCCGAGAUUCAACCACAGCCUUCCGACGAUGACCCUGAUCAAUCGUCUGGGACCGGCGGUCUCUCCGAUGACCUCAAACAGAAAAUUAUUAAGCAGGUGGAAUAUUAUUUCAGUGAUGAAAAUUUGCCCUCUGACAAGCAUAUGUUAAGUUUGAUUAAGAAGAACAAAGAAGGUUUUGUUCCUAUUUCAGUUAUUGCUUCUUUUAGAAAAAUGAAAAAGCUCAUUCGAAACAAUGCACUAAUAGCGGCUGCAUUAAGGGAGUCUUCCCUCCUUGUUGUGAGUUCGAAUGGGAAGAAGCUAAAACGUCUUCAUCCUCUUCCAUUACCUGAAAACAGGGAUGCAAAGUGCACUGUUUUGGUAGAGAACCUACCUGAGGAUCAUUCGGUGGAGAACCUUAAAAGAAUAUUUGGUGAAGCUGGAAAUAUAAAAGAUGUAUGCAUACUUGACCCCCAUGCCAUAGAAGCAUCAACAAAAGGCGGCAAGGCUGAGAAGCUGAUCAGUAAUAAGUUGCAUGCUCUAGUGGAGUAUGAUACUGUGGAGGCUGCUGACAAAGCUGUCACAACCUUAAAUAAUGAGGAGGACUGGAGAAAUGGCAUGCGGGUGAAGCAUCUUAAGCAAAUGGGAAAGUACGGACAGAGAAAACAAGCCUGGAGGGGUUUUGACUCUGAUAAGAGUAGUGGUAACAGAACUUCUGAUCAAGCAGGAGGUGAGGAGAAUCAUAAUGCAAGUGAGCAUCAUAAUGAUGCUCGGACACCUGACGAUGAGGAUGGUGAGAGAGUCCCCAAGGAGAAAACUGGGCAUAGAGGUCGGGGCCAAUCAGGAAGGCAAAAAUACCGUGUCACCAAUGGUUUUGGUCAAGGAACCAGUUCGGCUAUUCAUGCGAUUGAACCUUCAAAGCCACCACCUGGCCCGAGAAUGCCUGAUGGAACCAGGGGAUUCACAAUGGGGCGUGGUCGGACUCUGAGCGCCAACUCCAAUGAGAGUUAG